AUGCGGAUCCAUCAUGCCCUGCUUCUGGUUAUGCUUUUUUUACUCGCAGGCAGCUAUUCUGUCUCGGGGACCACUAAGCUUGCCAGGCUACGAGCACCCAAAUAUCAAAAGUUGAAUUCCGUUAAUAACAAUCAACAACUGGUUCGAGCAGGAACAAAGACGCAUGGGACAAUCGACAGGGCCGACGAAGAAAGGAGAGCGCUCACAGACCUACGCAACAAGCUGGUCAAUAAAGCGUCGGUCUGGUUUACCAACAGGAAUAUAGCGGCAGCUGAGAAAGCCAAAUUCAAAGCGUUCAUAGCGGCCGAGAAAUUGAAGAACCGAAAGCUUAGAAAACUCGCGAAAGCGCAAGUAAGCUCCGAUGAUCUAGACGCUGCUGCGCAGAAUUUGCUGAAGGAAGGUGUCACUCCCGAUCAUCUCCAUAUUUGGUUUGGUCUUGACAAGAAAACGAAUCAAUGGAUGUCUAAGAACCCAAGUAGCCCACUUUACUAUGUACCGACACCCCAAUACCAGCUUUGGGAAAAGCUUAAGGAGGCAACAAUGCGCGUAAGCUAA